UUUGAACGCUAACGGCCGCGCAGGCGGCGGCCGCCCAGCCGGUGCUGAGAAGAAUCGCCAGGUCCCUGUUCCUCUCAGAAUGUCUGCAGGUGACUAUGAGGAAAUUCUCAAGUACUAUGAGUUGCGCGAAACAAUUGGAACAGGUGGGUUUGCAAAGGUAAAACUGGCACGACAUCUUCUUACUGCUGAAAAAGUUGCAAUAAAAAUCAUGGACAAAGCUGCUUUAGGGGAUGACUUGCCUCGUGUUAAAAUAGAAAUUGAUGCCAUGAAGAACUUAAGUCACCAGCAUAUUUGCCGGUUGUAUCAGGUGAUAGAGACAUCCAAGAAAAUAUUCAUGGUCUUAGAGUACUGUCCUGGAGGAGAGCUGUUUGAUUACAUAAUUUCUAAGGACCGCCUUUCAGAAGAGGAAGCUCGUGUAUUUUUUCGGCAAAUUGUUUCAGCAAUUGCUUAUGUUCACAGCCAGGGAUAUGCCCACAGGGAUCUCAAACCAGAAAAUCUGCUGAUUGACAAGGAACGUAAUUUGAAGCUGAUAGACUUUGGACUUUGUGCAAAGCCAAAGGGUGGCCUUGAUUACCAUCUGAACACAUGCUGUGGAAGCCCAGCUUAUGCAGCACCAGAGCUGAUUCAGGGCAAAGCUUAUAUUGGCUCAGAGGCAGAUAUUUGGAGCAUGGGAGUACUGCUGUACGCUCUACUGUGUGGCUUUCUCCCCUUUGAUGAUGACAAUGUCAUGGUUAUCUACAAGAAGAUAAUGAGAGGAAAAUACAGUAUUCCAAAGUGGCUCUCUCCUGGCAGUACACUACUACUCAACCAAAUGCUGCAGGUGGACCCAAAGAAGCGGAUUACAGUUAGAGAUCUAUUAAGUCACCCUUGGCUCGUGCAAGGUUAUUCUGAUGCUGUUCAGUGGCAAAGUAAAUACCCACUUGGACAUAUUGAUGAAGACUGUGUAACAGAGCUUUCUAUGUUUCAUAAACAGAGCAGGGAGAGUAUAUUGGAAUUAAUAUCAGAGUGGAAAUAUGACCAAAUGUCAGCAACAUAUUUCUUGCUUCAAUCCAAGAAGGCUCGUGGCAAGCAUGUUUGCUUAAGGGUUCCAUGUCUAACGGGGCAUGCCAGUACAACACAAUCAGCAGGCCUCAAGUGUGAAAAACCUAUGACACAUGAAGAUAUGCCAGACUGCAGUGAAGUGCCACAUGCAUUUGGAUCCAUGGAAUUUUCUGAUGAAUCUUCACUGUUUGAAGAACCUCUGUUAGAAGAAUAUAAUCUAAAUACUCGCAGAACAAAGCAGCAUUCAAGGCAUGAUGCUCAACUGGAUGAUACGGAAUUCACACUGUCAACUCCAGUGACAAGAAAAGUGGCAUCAAAGAAGCAUGAAAACAAAGAGAAUGUUGAUACAGAGUCAGCUUUAAGAAAUGAAAUGCCCUUUGCGCUUCCUGCUCCAAAGACUCCUUUUGCAAAGAGUCGGAUUGAGGCGCAAGUACAAACCAUACCCUUUCAGACACCUGGCUUCCAAGAGAACCAGUUCACUACUGUCUCCCCAAUUAAGAAACCCACAAACCCAGCAAACACAGAUGAAUUGACAGCUGUUGAGGUUCUUCCCGAAAAAAGGUGUCACUCAGUGGAAUUGGAUCUCAACCUAGCUCACAUGGAUAGCAACCAAAAGAAGAGAAAAGCCAAAAUAUUUGGAAGUAUUGAGAGAGGCCUAGAUAAAGUGAUCACAAUGCUGACACCAAGCAAAAAGAGACGAUUCACUAGAGAUUGUCCAAGGAAACUUAAGCCUGUGUAAAUGGAAUUCAGCUACUAUAUUGCAGUUGGAAGCUUUUCCAAGAUGCAGUUGUCAGAGGCAAGGUGGCAGUCUUACAAGUUCAGGACAUAUGUUGGGCUACAAACCUGACCAACUCAUCGGACAGGAGUCCAGACUGUGCAAAUAAUUCAAGAACCUGAGCAACUGGAAACAAAAGCUAGACCUUCUGUCUCUAAAAGCUUUUAUCCUUCUGCAUCAGUUUCCCUUGUCCAUACUACAUGCAAAGUUACUGAUGCAUGUCUAGGGACACUGGAGUAUAAUAGGGGAAGAUAGAACUGUACCUCACACUGGUACAGCAGUUAUGGUAGGGAGUUGCAUAUGUUCUCAGCUGAAUAAGAGCUGUAAGAACCAGUCUUGUACUCAGGCUUUGCAUCCUCAGCCUGUGUUCAUUUCUCAUGCUGUUUUAUGAUCUUGUCUUCUCUCUGCUUCUAUGACUUAAGAAGCUAGAUAGAGUGUUUGUGGUGUAUUACAGUUGGCAUACACUUUCAUUACAUAUGGGUGUCUGAAAGUUGUUCAAGAAGUCACUUAUUGGACAAGUUCAUUAUAUGAAGUAUUAGAUAUAAGACCCCUGUAACAGUGACCUUAUGAGUAGUAAGUUACCUUUUUUCUUUAAACAUGGUGACGCUUUAGUCCUAGAAAAGCUGCAUGGCCUUGUGCCUGUUCCUUGAUAUCGGAAGUGCUCAGUCUCAGCUAGGCAACACACUAUCGGUGAUGUCCCAACCGUGGAGUGUGCAGCAGGGUGCUCUAAGCAGAGUCGUGUGGCUAUCUUCUGCACACCUCUGCAGGAAUCACCUCUGGCUAUGUACAAGGUUUCUGAUAGCCUCUGUGCUGCCCUGGCCCAUCACUGCUACUUUGCAUUUUAUGAUGGGUUGUAGAUGGGAUGUGCUUUGAUAUUAAUGGUCCAGCAGUUGUUGUUUAGUGUUCCUGUUGCUACUACAAUGUCUUAAUUAUGAUAAUAUUGUGAAGUUGAAGCAUUUUUCA